AUGAAGGAAAGUGAAAAGCGUACCGUUCAAUCGUUUCAGCUAAGACACUCAUCCGUUAACUUGGCUUCCCCCACCUCCCCUCCCUCCUCUGGUGCCCAGCAGGACAAUCCCACUCCAGCCAGACCAUGGCUUGACAAACUCAAACAGGCGGGGUCGCUGACCAUCCACCACGUUAAAAGGCAUACCGGCGUCGGUGUCGUCUGCGCUGUAGCCUACUUUGACCCGGGAAAUUGGGGUGUAGACUUGCAAGCCGGCUCCCAGUUUGGGUAUCGCUUGCUCUUCGUUGUACUGCUCGCCGGUCUCUUUGCGGUGUUCCUGCAGGUCCUUGCGAGUCGGUUGGGAUGUGUGACGGGACUUGAUCUCGCCGGGCACAGUCGUUUGCUGUUGUACAAUCGACCCAAGCAUACGCUGCUCUACCGAUGGUUGGGCCUCUACCCUCUUUACGUCCUCGCAGAAGUCGCCAUCAUCGCCACGGAUUUGGCGGAGCUCUUGGGAUCUGCCAUUGCUCUUUGCAUGCUCUUCCCGUCCCUCGAACUUUGGCACGGCGUCCUGAUCACUGCGUUUGACGUCAUUGUUAUCUUGGCCUUUGGUGAUCCCUUGAGAGGGCGGCCAGUGCGGCUGUUUGAGUUGCUCAUCGCCGGAAUGGUCAUCGCUGUUCUGGUGUGCAUGUGCAUCGUCAUUUCCAAGGUCGACGUCCAUUGGGGCGAUGCGUUCCUCGGCUACGUUCCUUCCAAGUACAUCUUCCAGUCCGGAGGGCUCUAUACCUCGGUUGGCAUCCUUGGUGCCACUGUCAUGCCUCACAGCUUGUUCAUUGGAUCCGCACUCGCCACUCAAGAUCGUAUUGAGUUCCGCGAGUUGAAGAAGGAGGAUUGGCAUUCUAUGGAUAGUGCCGAGAUCCCUCGCUCCCGGUUGGGUUACAUCUGGCAUUCGAUUAAGCACCAUGUGCAGCACGCCUUUGCGAAGCCACCUCCGAGUUUCUAUGACCAGGCUACGAAACACAGCGAACACGAGAACAAUCCGUUUGCUUUUGUCCGUGCCCACCUCUAUCAUGGAAUCUUCGAUGUUGCUGCCAGCCUCUUGGGCUUUGCUGUUCUCAUCAACUCUUCGAUUCUUAUUUUGGCUUCCGCUGUCUUUUACUAUGGAGACCAAUGGUCAGGCGAUGGCGACCCUGCCAGUCUUUUCGACUGUUAUGACCUCAUCCGUGACAUUGUUGGGCAAAGCGCAGCAACCCUCUUCGCUAUCGCUCUUUUGGCUUCUGGCCAGAGCUCAUCCCUGAUCGCCACCGUUGCAGGGCAAGCCGUUUGCGAAGGCUUCUUGAGGUGGAGAGUUUCUCCUCUUGUCCGCCGGCUCAUUACCCGGUUGUUGGCGAUCAUCCCUUCUAUGACGGUCGCAUUGGUGGUUGGGAGGCCGGGCAUUGACGCAUUGCUCGUCGCAUCCCAGGUCGUGCUUUCGGUCGUUCUCCCGUUCAUUACAUUCCCCCUACUUUGGUGCACGUCUUCCAAGACGAUCAUGAGCGUGCGCAAGCCCAAGAAGACAGUCGAAUCCUUCACGGCUGAGCCCAGUACAUCAGACCUCGCGGUCCCCGUUCUCAACCGGGAACCCAGCGGUGCACCUUCGACUAAGGGGGAUGCGAAGGUGCCGACUUCCCCGACCAUGACCGUCUCCCCUCCUGGUACCCCGGCAUCCGACGGCCCAAGCAAGAUUCCUGAUGCAGGGACAGCUGAAAGCGCAGAUGACUACGAAAUGGUGGAUUACAGCAACAACAAGCUCACUAUUGCGGUUGGUGUCGCCAUCUGGUUGCUGGUCGUUGCCGCCAAUGUCUACGUCCUCAUCGACUUGGCCCGCGGUGGUUCGGGUUAA